AUGCAGGCCUCCUACCAAUCAGAUGAGCGCGACAACAGUCCUUCUGACGACGAAACAUCCAGCGAGUGCGACUCUGAAGAGUCCGAAGAGGAAGAAGAGGACGAUUCGUACAGUGAUACGCAGGCAGACGAAGAGUCCGAAGAAGACGCCUAUCAGUUGCGGAGGCAGCAGCUGGGUCUUCGCACUCGGCCUAGAGGUCGUGUGAACUACAACGAAGAGAAGAUCAUCCCUGCGGAAGCACCUUUGAAGGUAUGUCGCGGUGAACCACCUUCGUAA